GUGGGCUGGGCAGAGUUGGCAGCGCGCCACUGAAACGCGGCCGCACUUCAAAACAUUCUAAAUUCACAGGAAAAAAUACACUUCGCACAACAAAUGCGCACAGACUACAGAGUGGACUGCUUAUACGAUUACGUUGGAACUUGGAACACUGAGUGCAAAUAUUUUAACUGUGUACUGUAAAUGUAUUUUUGGAAGAAAUAGUGGUUGAUUUAGCGCUGCAGUCUCUAGGUCUAACUUCAGUGAUAAUAAUUCAACAAAUCUAGAAUCAGUUGCAAGAGUUUGCGCUGACAGGUAUGGACACCGUGUACCCGCCCACCGCGUCAGCGCUAACGCGUGGCCGGCGCAGGCGCAGGACCGAACCGCGCCUGCGCCACCGGACCAUGCCUGUUACCUUUGCUGAGAUUAAGGAAGUAGACGAGGAGAACAUUGAAAAUGAGACGACGAAUGCGACGAGCGUUUCCAGCCUCGCCAGUGCAGCAGAGGAGAGGAAGCGACGGCCGGACGUCUUAGACGAGAGCUUCGCGCAACGACUUGCGCCGCAGUUCGCGGAGUUUCGUCGACGACGAGCUCGUCGGGACAAGCUUCUGGAGCCCGACGAGCCGGACAACUCGUCUAGCAGCUCGCGAGCUGAAAGCGAGCCGCGUAUACUCGAACCGUCUUGAUCGUUUUUCGUACGUUUUCUGCAGCGAAUGGAAGAAAACUUUUUUUUACCUCAAUGAGUUAUGAUUCGUAUAUUUGAGUCAUAUUGAUCAUUAUUGUUUUUAAUUCAGUUGUUAAAAUUUGUUCGAUAUACCCAAAGACGUCGAGUGAACAAUACGUUUGUAACAACAGCUCUACGUAGAGCUUAAAUAGCUUUGUAUGUUCAGUGAAUAUAUUUCUUAGGUGCUUUUAAAAAGCUACACGAUCUUUAAUACUUAAUAAUAAUUGUCAAGUGUAUUAAUAUUUAUAUAGUUG